AGCUUGAAAUUUGAAACUUUUCAAGUUCGCACAGCGGUUUUCAAGCAGAGCUCCAACCUGGGGAAUCGUGUAAUCACGAAUCAGCGUGACGGAAAUAUCUUCCAUGAAGUUAGAGAAUUUUUCGAAAAAUGUAAACAUUGUGGUUGCCAUGGAAUUUUCAUCGUCACACGUGGUUAUCUCAAAUCUUCGUGUCAAUUUUGGAUUCAAGCAGGGUAGCAAAUCUUCAUACUGGGGUAACAUCCUGGAACAAGAGGGGCACGAUGAGCACCAGGGAAACACAAAGGCGAGGAGUUAGCAUGGAUAAGAUGAUAUCAUUCCAGAAUGGAGAUACCAGCCGGCAGGUUUUCAAAGGAAUGUGUCUGUAGGUCAGUAUUUUUUCGAGAAUCUGAAAUAACAAGGUGGAAAUUAAUAUGGAUAUUUGGUGUUAAAAUUGGACAUAUUUACGUAAGGGUUAUUCAGUGCCAGUUCCGUCGCGGAGUGUGGAAGGACCUCGUUCAAAUCGUGUUUAAGAGUUUCCAUUUUUCCGGCCUGCAUCAGGAAAUAAAAUAAAAUAAAUCAAAUUCUAAACCUGUCAGAGUUUAGAUUCGCAUAGAGUUUAAUUUUCAGAAAUAUAAAAUUUUAAUGAAAAUUUCAAUGAAUUUGCGACAAUAUUUGUGACAAGUAAUGUAUUUUAUGUUAAAAUUAAAAUACUUUACUUUAUAGGGAUGUACACGUCUUUGCAGAAUAUAGCUGUUAUCCGUUUUACAUUCACUGAAAACGUUAUCUUAAAUAAUUUCUAAUUAUAACUGGAAAUAAUUCAAAAAUUUCACGUUAAAUGGUGGAAUUAUAUAUUUAAUUAUAUUGAAAAUUAAAUCUACGAAAUAUCACAUAAACUGAAAUUAAAGUGGUUUUCUUCAGUGGUAGGAAAACACUUGAGUACGUCAUUUACCAGAUGUUUAUGAAUACUCCAAUCCUUUCAGUAUUAUUCCACCGGCAGACACUCGCUGAGGCAUUCGGCAGUCGUCGUUUUUUGUGGGAUCAAAUAUUCGCAUACGAUCGAAUGAAUUGAACAUUUGCUGUAUUGAAAUGAGGAUUCAUUUAUAUACAAACUUGAGCACAGAUAAACAAAGGUACUCGACUUCUCAUGAUGAGACAAAGCCAUGGAAGCAGGCACAGCGAUAGAAUUCUACCAUACUAACGGAUAAAGUUAAAAUAAACUAUGAAAAAACUAGGCGGUUUUGUGGUGCCCGUGGCACCACGAUGUGGCCUACGAUGUGAGCUUGAACAGCCAGAGCCACGGCCCGACUCUGGCUCUGUCCGACGAUCUGGCUGCCGAUCGGGCCGACAAUCCGGCUGCCGGUCGGACCGACGAUCGGGCCGACGAUCGGGCGGACGAUCUGGCUGCCGGUCGGGCCGACGAUCUGGCUGCCUGUCGGGCCGACGAUCUGGCUGCCGGUCGGGCCGACGAUCUGGCUGCCGGUCGCGCCGACGACCUGGCAUACGAAGUGAGCUUGCGCAGCCAGAGCCACGGCCAGACUCUGGCCCUGCCCGACGAUCGGGCCGACGAUCUGGCCGAUAAGAUGAGCUUGCGCAGCCAGAGCCACGGCCAGACUCCCUGGCUCUUACUCUGCUCAGUAAUACAUUGUGAGAUAGGCUGAAAUAAUACAUAGAAGGGAUGCGUUACAGACAGACAGACAGAAUUGGGUAAAUAUAUAAGUUAAUAAUUCUUUUCUUUGCAUACGGGAAAGCUAUUGUAAUGCUUCACUAGUUUUAUGUCGCAUAGUAUGGUGACCGGACAAGAUGGUAUGGAAAUAAUGAUAGCGGACAAAAUGAAAAAUAUGAAGCAAAAUUAGAAAAACUUAGGUUAGUGAGUCAUCCAUACUAAUUUUUCAAACACCUCAAAUUGAGGUGUAAAUGGAUGGGAAAUUACUUCGAGACAACAUAAUUAAAGUCAAAUUUAAGAAAAUUUUUCAAUUGCUAUGACCCAACAGAGUUACCUACACCGAGUACUAAAAGGGCAUCGGGCACAGUGCACCCGUCCCACUGCACCCGGAAUGAAAGCACCCGUCCCACUGCACCCGGAAUGAGUGCGCCAGCCCCACUGCACCCCUUCCACUGCACCUGGACUGACCCCACCCGUCCCAACGCACCCAGGCUGACCGCACCCAUCAUAACUAAAACAUAACAAAAUUCCAUACAAAUCUUACUAUGUAAAUAUGUAUUGCUAAUCACUGGAGCUGCUUAUAACUGUGGAAGUUUCUCCAAGUUCAGAAUGCAGAGUGGACAAGGACAAAAACUAAAUCACUUUACUAAAACUUAUUGCAUUUAUUCCCCCCGGCCCCAACCAAUCACAAUGAUCGUUAUUAUGGCCAAUUUAAACCUUUAGGUUACAAGAGGAGCCGAUAUUAUGUAUUGACAAUUUUGUUAUGAGUGGUACACUAAUUGUCAUUGUACUACUGCUUCUUUUCGAAAUGUAGAAUUAUAUUUAGUCACUUAUGGCCAAAAGCUUCGUGUCGCGUUUCUUGCGGACUUAUAUACUGCAUUUCUUCUACUGCAAAGUAAGAUACACAAGAAAUAGAACGCCAUUUAGCGACUUGAUGUAUUAACUAUACCGGCAGGAAAAGUUUCCAGAAAGGGCCGGAAUAUAAAGUCGCCGAGUUGUUUAAAAACAAUACCAUUGUUUUUUAAUUAGUUUAUGCAAAUGUUAUUGAAAUUAUUAAACAUACAAACAAAUGAUGGAGUGUUUUAAAUUUAAAAAAUUACAAUUUAUCUUUAACUUCCUGGUCGACCUGCUCUCCUGGCGACAAAGAAAGUGGAAAGUCGGUGGAGAAAACAUUUUUUGAGAGUCCCAACACCUCCGUGAGGGCUGUGGCGUCAAAAAUGAAGAUAAGUCGCUCAUAUCUUCACCAAAUUAAAACUAAGACGUUGUGCGUCAAGACCUACAAAGCCAAAACUGCACCAAAAUAUAACGAAGGUCAGAAAAAACGGGCCAAAACCGCCUGCCGAAGAAUUUAUGAAAAAUUCUUGAAGCAGGGUCCACCGAAGUUACUCGUCACGGACGAUGAAAUCUACUGCACCGUUGACCCCGAAAGUGUCCACUGUGUCAAGUUCUACUCCUGCAGAGAUAAAAAAAUAUUCUGCACGAACAUAAAUUCAAGGGAAAAGAAAAUUUCAUAAGAAGUAUAUGAUCUGGCUAGAAAUCGACGAAAACGGGGACGUGUCAAAACCACCAAUUAUUUCCAAGAUUUUGAACUCGCAACUUUAUCUGAAAGAGUGCAUCAAGAAGAGGCUGAUCCCAUUCAUCAAAAACAAAACUGUUUUCUUUUGGCCGGACAUGGCAACGUCUCAUUAUGCCCAAAUUGUGACCAACUUUCUCCAUGAGAAGAAAGUCGAUUUUGUCGAAAAAAAGGAUAACGCUCCUAACGUACCUCAAUCUCGCCCGAUCGAGCGGUUUUGGACAUUACUCAAGAGAGAAUACGCGAAAAGAAGUAAUCCACCGAAAAGUUUGAGAGGUUUUCAACAGGUCAUCGGAAAUUUGAUUAAGAAAGUUGCAAAAAAUCAUGGCAAGACCCUAAUGAAGAGCGUCCGCUCUAAACUUCGAAAAAUCGGAAGAGAAGGAGUAUAUGGGCCGCUCAAGGAUUAAAUUACGUCAUGAAACAGGGUGAGUCUUUGUUUCCCGAGCAGGCCUUAUGUUGUUGGUAUAUCUGAGUUAUAAAAAGGUGCAUGGGAUCAAGGCCUGAAGUAGAGGUGGGCAAGUGCUCCCGGGGGGCCGAAAGGACGCCACAACUUACACAAGCAGAUAUAAUAAUAAAUACCUAGAUAUACAUAAUCUAGUAUUAUUCAUUUCUGACACUAUAAAAUUUAUUUUCUAAAUGGUAAGAAACUACUCAAAUUUUGUUUAAUUUGCUCAACCAGUAUAGGAGGGAUUACAUAUGAAAUUUUUAUUUGUUGUUUCGAUUUAUUUAAGUCAAUCAAAUGAAUUUCCGUUAAGAUUUUCUUAUAUUAAAGACCCAGAGUAUUGCGUAACACUUUAAAACACCUUAACGUGAGGAAUAUAAAUAUUUAAAUUAAAAAUACAAUAACAGUAGUAACAUUUAUCCUUGAAAACACUAAUUGAAUACAAGUAUUAUUAACUUAUAUAGUUACCCAGUUCUCUCCGUCUGUCGGAAUGCAUCCCUUUAAUGCUUUAUUUUACAUUGCAGGGAUAGCAAAGAGGGGCAUUCACGUACCAGGUCGCAUACUCGCAUGCAGUUUGUAUGCGUCCUGUGUCUGCAGUAUUUGCUGCCCAUGGCCAGAUCGUCGGCCAGACGCUGUCACAAUGGUUAUGGUUUAAUUGGAUCACACGUCUCACGCAUGUCUGCAAUCCAACAUGUAUUACUCUCAUCAUUCUUAUGGCCAACCGUUUUGCGGAGUAAGCCGACAGUUGCGUCAUUAAUCCGAUUAUUUGCAGCACUUGUCCUCAAUUUUGCAGACGUUGGCAACUUGAACAUGUGAAAAUAAAUCUCAUUCCACGUCAUAAAUAUUUCCAUGGAUAUGUAUUCCCUCUUCCUCCCUCACUUGACAAAACCUGUAACUUGAAAGAAGUUGGGAAGGAUAAACUUAAAAUAAAUAUAAGAACGAUGAACGUAACGCUUUUUGAAAUUUUUGCAAUCUCCUUGGUCCUCCUCGUUCCCGAGAGUUUAAGCGACAGCUUAUAUUUGAGCCAUAGGCGAUGCAGCCCUCUUGGUACGUCUGUCGUGACAAGUCGACCUGACGGAUCGUCAGACUCUUGCACUUGUCAUCCCCCUCCACCUCCGACAACAACGAUCCACCCACCAGCCCAUAAAUGGGGGCGGCGACAUCGACCCCCUAAGGCAACGUGGAAGUGUACCACGAUUCUGGCCCCCACCAUGAAAGCAGCGCCCACCGCCACCACCAAUGGUUUUGAAAAUUCCUUGGUGCUUGUUAAGGAGGCGAAGGUAAAAUUGAGAAGAAUUGGUGUACAGGGAGCCCCGAUACAAAAAGGACAGCCCAAAUUGGGGGUUGAGAAUGGGCCCAUGCUAAUCCGCAGUUCUGGUAUCGUUGAAUUCCUUCAAGAUGUAGGGCACGAUAUUCUCGACUAUGGAAACAUCCACUUGGGCGAAGUUUUCAAUGCGGCGUCAGUCGGGGGGAAUGUCAGCAUUCACGAUCCCGCCGACGUGGGAGAAGCGACGCAUCAUAUAUACAACAACACCAAGCAAAUCCUUGAAGAGCACCGUUUCCCCCUAACAUUCGGGGGAGAUCACGCACUGGCUAUCGGCACGUUGAGCGCCAUGUCGGAAUACUACCCAGACCUGGCCGUGAUCUAUAUUGACGCACACGCAGACAUUAACACGGUUGACACUUCCCCCAGCGGAAAUAUGCACGGGAUGCCGCUAUCCUUCGUGAUCAACGACUUGUACGGAAGUAAUUCCAAUUUGACCGAUUAUUUCUCCUGGGUCGCGGCUAGAAUACCCGCCAAUAAUGUGGCUCAAAUCGCCUUGCGCGACGUCGACCCUGGGGAAACUGCGAUUAUUGAUAAGUUAGGAAUGGCUUCUUUUACGAUGCGUGACAUUGACCGGUACGGAAUUCGGAGGGUGGUCGAUCUCGCGCUUGACAGGAUUAAGGGGAAGACGAGGCCACUAUACGUUUCGAUGGAUAUUGACUCGUUGGACGAUAUGGAAAUUGGGAGCACGACCGGAACCCCAGUUCCGGGGGGUCUGACGUUAAGGGAGGUUCUAACAAUGAUUGAAGACCUGUACCGAUCUGCCAACAUUGUCGGUUUUGAACUGGCCGAAGUUAACCCCGCCCUUGGAAGUGAGGUGGCAGGGAGAAGAGUUGCAGAAAUUAGCAGGCACAUUUUAUCCUGUGUUUUUGGCUCGUGUUAUGGACGCCGGGUAUAAUUGGGAGCGAAAUGUGUCUAUUAGUUUUAGCUAUUUUUGGAUUACAGGAACAAACAAAUUAAUUUACAAAUUUGGGAACAGGGGAUUAAUGUAAUAUUUUCUGUGUGUGGAUUUAUCCUACUUAAAUAACAAAUUUUAUGUAAUCUUCAAAUUUAAUCUUCAAGUAAUUCUUCUGUACAAUCUUAUGGUUUAAAUAUCAACCAUUAUUUUGUCAAUGU